AUGUGGCUUGGGAACACAAUGAUACCGUGAUAAUUUAGUGCUUUUUAAAAAGCAUGACAUAAUCUUCAGUUUGGCCAAACUAUAAAGGGAAAAAAGAGUGAAGAUUUCAGGGGUAGUUGAUUAAUUUGAAUUAUUUCAUCAUUCUCUUCCCUUGCUCUCACGGGUGACGAGUCCCACCGCCCGCCUCUUCCUUUUCUUCAAUUACACAUUUCGUUGAUUCGCGCUUUGGCUAAUUGGCUCCAAAAUUGCGCCUCACAUCAAAGCCUCAGUUCCUUCGUCAUCCGUGGUCGGUUUGAUAGAGCCUCCAUCCCUGGACCGAGAUGAGAUUUCUUAAAUAAAAGAUUUUCUCCUUCGGACUUGCGUGUCUCUGGGGUUCGUUCGUCUUUCUCUUUUCCAUAAGCGAAAGAGAAAGAGGAAAAAAUGCCAAUAGAAAUGCCCAAAGGAUUGCCUUUCUCAGUGGACACAUGGACUCCAUCGUCCAUGAGAAAGAGGUACCAUUUCCUCACACAUGCCCACAAAGACCACUCUUCUGGCAUUUCUUCCCACGCCUCAUUCCCAAUUUAUUGUACUCACUUUACCAAAACCCUUGUUCUUCAACAUUACCCCCAGCUUGAAGAUUCGUUGUUUGUCGGUAUUGAGGUGGGCCAAUCCAUUGUUAUUGAUGAUCCUGAUGGGGCCUUCGCUGUUACAGUUUUUGAUGCGAAUCACUGUCCAGGAGCCGUAAUGUUCUUAUUUGAAGGCAAGUUUGGUAAUAUUUUACACACUGGAGAUUGCAGACUUAGUCCUGAGUGCCUACAGAAUUUACCUGAAAAGUAUACAGGGAAGAAGGGAAAAGAUCCACGUUGUCAACUGGAUUGUGUCUUUUUAGACUGUACUUUUGGAAGUUUCUCCCAGGGGAUGCCUAGCAAGCAUUCUGCAAUUCAAGAGGUUAUUAAUUGUAUUUGGAAGCAUCACAAUGCAUUGACAGUGUAUCUAAUCUGUGACCUCCUUGGUCAGGAAGAAAUUCUUGUUAAUGUGUCUAAAACAUUUGGAGCCAAGAUAUAUGUUGAUAAAUCCGAAAACCCAGAAUGUUUCCAGAAUCUGAAUCUUGUAGCACCUGAAAUCCUUAGUCAAGAUCCAUCUUCUCGGUUCCAUAUAUUUGAUGGAUCUCCAGGACUAUAUGAAAGAGCAAAAGGAAAGCUUGUGGAGGCCAGGCGUAAUCACAAGCCUGAGCCUCUCAUUAUGCGCCCUUCUUCACAGUGGUAUGCUUGUGAAGACGAGUUCUCUGAAUUUGAGAACGCCAGGAAAAAGAGAAUGCAUGAAGCAGUUAAGGAUCAGUUUGGUGUUUGGCAUGUCUGUUACUCAAUUCACUCAUCUAAAGAAGAAUUAGAAUGGGCACUUCAACUUCUUUCACCUAGGUGGGUUGUUUCAACAACCCCCAGCUGCAGGGCCAUGGAGCUAGGUUAUGUUAAGCAGCAUUGUUUCAACUCAAACAUAGCUCUGAAUAAAUCUCUCUGUAAGAUUCUGGAUAUGACUGUGGAGACUAGUUCAGAUGCUGAUACAUUGGUUAAAUCUGUGAACAACAAACAUGUGCUUGAAAAGAUCCCUCAGCCUUGUGCUCAAACUCAAUCACCUGUUAAACAGAGCCCUGAGAUAAAGGCACUCGUAGAGUUGUCUCUUCCAGGCAAGUUGCCUGUUACAUUAUUUGGCAGAGCGAGACUUGGUUUUCAAGAUGUUAAUUUUUCACAUGGAGGGUGUAAUAUUGUACCCACGAGUGGCCUUUCACAAACUGCUUCAAGCAAUGCAGGACACGAAUCCUUGUACCAACAGGAAGAUGCUGAAGUACAAUUGGACGAGUCAGUAGAAAGCAAAAGCAAAUUACAUAAAAUACCAUAUCUGCAAUGACAGGAGCUGGAGACAAGAAUUCACAAGACUCCCUCCUAUUUAAACAUUGGAUCUUCAGGCUUUAGUGCAGGUGUCAAAAAGAUGUAUAGGUUAAUGAACGUUCCUGUGCCUGAACCCCUUCCCUCAUUGGUGGGACUUCUGAAUCCCGAUAAACGUCCCAAGAGGGGCUAAAUCAUUUAUAUUUGCUUGUUUAGAGGUAUAUUCUUUAUAGAUUGUGAGAGAGCUUUUCUUGUUAUUUGUCAAACUAGCAUCUCCAUUGCUGGGAUACUUUACAAGAAUAAGCAGAAGGCGGAGGGAAUCAUAUGCAGAAGUAUCAUACAUAAGGUGUUUGCUAUGAUCAUGUUUGCUUCGUCUGUUCGGGAUUUUGAUGCAGAAGGCGGAGGGAAUCAUAUGCAGAAGUAUCAUAUGAGUCUCCCUUUACAUAAGGUGAAUCAUAUACCAAAAGUAGCAAGCCUUUAUGGUCAUUGAAAGGGUGCUUAGUAGUUACACGGCAUUGUUGGACGACUACAUUUGUUCGUUAUUGAUGUGCACAAUAAGUUCAUUUAUUUUUAAAUAUCACAUUGAAUGUAUUACCCUUGUAUCACUAAAAUCCCGCUCUACAUUUAUCGCCUAACCACCUAAUCAAGAGAGUUGCUUUUUUGUCA